AUGACCGGCGACUUCUGUAAACAUUCCCUUUGCAAUUCCCAGUUUACCUCUUUAAAGGCCCACUUCAUCAGCUGCAAACAGAAAACUUGGACAGCUCAAGAAUACAGCUUAUUGGAAGGGGCAAAGCAAAAAAAUUCAAGCUUCCAAAUGCUGCGUACAAAUUAUCAAACCCUACUUUCUAGAAUGAUCAUUUCACGCCACUCUUGCAGCAAAUUAUUUAUUGGAGGGCUUUGUUAUGAUACCAAUGAACCUGUUCUCAAACAGGCUUUUGAGCAACAUGGUGAGAUAAUUGAAGUGAAAGUAAUAUGUGAUCAUAAAAGUGGAAAAUCCAAAGGAUACGGGUUCGUAAAGUUCUCUUCUGAAACUGCAGCUAGUAAGGCUUUGAAGGAAAUGGACGGUCAGUUAUUGGAUGGCAGAAAUAUUCGUAUCAGUUAUGCGCACAAAGAAUGACAUUGAGGGUUCCAAAUCUCAUCUUUCCUCGUGUGUCCAAGAACUAGCGAUCUCAGCUAUGAAAGUUGAUACUGAAGAUCCUUGUUGAAGAUUCUUCAAGAUUAAUCUUGAUUCCUGAGUUUGGUCAAGGGAGAAACAGCCACCGAAAGGUCCUAUGCCAUGAUUUUACAUUGCGUGUCAGGUUCAAAUGAAACUUUAAUUGAUCCAUUUUCUUUUUCCCUUGUCGUAUGCAGAUUCAUGUUUUGUGUAGGACUAAGGACUGUUAAGAAAUUAACUUUACAGCUGUUACAAGGGAACUAUGAUUGUGUUAGCUUGUAAAUUUUUAGGGAGAAAAUCUCUACUAUCAAUAAUAUAUAGAGCCAUUCAACUUGCUCAAA